UUGGUCCAAGAAAUUCAUGUUCUUGAGAUCCCUUUAAUGUUCUUUGAUCAAUUCUAUUGUGAAUGCUUGAGUAAAGAUGGAAGGAGGGCAAAACAGUCAUGAUCAUAUGUUUCAAGAAUCAUGGGAUCAUUCAGAAACUUCAUCUUCAUCAAUAGGAGAAGAUUCAGAUGCUUCAAAUGGAUCAUCCUCCAUAACUUCAUCUGACACAGUGGAUGAUGCAUCUUCAUCUUCAUCUCUUUGUGAUCUGUCAGAGAUCAUGGAGCAAUUGCCUAUCAAAAGAGGGCUUUCCCAGUUUUAUCAAGGGAAAUCAGAGUCUUUCACGUCACUCUCAAGGGUGACUAGCAUUGAAGAUCUGAUGAAGAAAUCAGCAACAACUCCUUCUAGAAGAAAUUUGAAGGCUUCAAAGAGCUGUGGAAAUGGUUUGCAUAGCUACAAGAUGUAUACUCUGCCUAAGGCUGUCAUAGCAAAGAAAUCUUCAAGGGGUGUUUCUUCUCUCUCAUCAUUUCCUAGCAAGAGAGGGGGUGUUGUCAUUAACAGCAAGCCCCCUCUUAGAUGACUUGGAAUGUUGAAGAAAAGUUUUAGAUAACUUCCACACACACAAUUGAGAGAGAGAAUGUAUAUAAAGCAAUUUUGUGAUCAAUACUGUCUAUUUUCUUUCA